AUGCUUGCCACUUCCAUCAAUUUAGACAAUCGCUGUUCGCCAAAUGAAGAGUAUAUCCGAUGUGGCACAUGUGAAGGAACGUGCGUGAAACCAUUUGUGAUAUGUAGCAAAGAAUGUAAGCCAGCUGGUUGUUAUUGUAAAAGUAGUAAAAAAUUUGUUCGAGGACCAUUUGGCUUGUGUAUGUUAUUCAAAUACUGUCCAAAUUAUUAUAGUAACAAAACUAUUCAUUCACCAUUUUCAUACUUUCGUCCACAUUUUGAAUCUGAAAUUGAUUAUUUAGUUGUUUGGUUUUGUGCAAAUUUUUUACAAAGUAAAAUUCCAGAAAAAUUUAUUUUAAUUGCUAAAAGCUACUACAAUUACUGCCAAAAGAUGGAAGAGUUAAUGAAUACAUUGAUUAGUUAUAAUUUAAUGAACAAUUAG